UUUUGGGAAGUUUGCAUGUGAAAUGCUCUCGAGCAGCUCUGACUGUGCUGCUACUGUAAUCCGUUUGAUGUUCUCUGUCCAAACGGCAGCGGCGCCAGCGGCUCUCCAGGGGACCAGCGACGUGUUACUGCAAAGUCAUUUGAACUCUAUUGUCAUUUCCAUUGUGUCCUUCACAAAAGGAAGGUGUGCUCAUGGAAACUAGAAACACAGAACCGAGAUUGCCUGCGAGAUUAACCAACAUUCGAUAGUUACACGGCUGUCCUUUACAUACAUUUCCAUUCAUUCCUUGUAUUGACACUUUCAUUCAAGUCGACUUUGUCAGGUAUGAACACAUCAGGUUUAAGGAUUCAACACCGGUUCUCUGAAAUCCGGGGAUAUCACCCAGCUUUUAGCAACAUUAAAAGUUGAACAUUUUAUGUGGUAAAGUUUAUAGACUACUUGCGUUUCCCCAUCUUGUAUAAUGAAAACAGGAUCCCAUAGUGAAUGUGAAAGUAUUGUUUACAUUAAUCUUCCAGAUCAGCAUAUUUGCAUGUUUGAUAGUAACUUAAAAAAAUAACUGCAAAAUUCCGGUUUAAUUAAAUGCAAUAUAAAUGCUUUUACAAACAAAUCUCAGCUAUCACCUAGCUUAUAUUUCGUGCAUCAUUGUAGAAUUGUGUAGACCAUUUACUUCGAUUUCUAGGCUAAUAUUGAUAUUGGGUAGUUUCAAUGAAAAAAUCUCCUAUGUGAUUUAUUCUCUGCCAGCUGUUGGAUUAGUGUAAAGGACAAGCAGACAUCUGAUGUCUACGGAGAUGUUCUCACAGACUCAGUGGCGCCAGGUUUUCACACAAUCACAGGAUAUGUAAAGACUUCAAUAACGACCCAUUAGCCCUAAUGAUUGCGAGUCGAGCAGGCGUUAAAACACAUACAUGCAUAUGCUAAUGAUGACUGGUUUCGAGGGGGGCGUAUAUAUACACUCAGGGUUCCCUCUAGGCCGUCACAACACUCUUGGGACUUUCGCUGGAUACACUUGGACCACCUCGAGCUGAAACAUGGUGAAAAACUUUUCCGUGGACUGGCUUGCCCAGAGCUAUCAUGACUCCAAAGAUGAUUCAGGACCAGUGGAGGCCUCUCAUGUUCCAGUAAGGCGUCACGUGCCUUGUCUGGUCCAGCCACGGCCUCCAACAUCUUACGACAAAGUGUACAUUCAGCCCAAACUGAAAUGUAUCCGGAUUCAAGAGAUCACAAGUCCAGAGGACCAAAAGGAGAAGGAAGGCGUUGUGUUUACGCACUCAGCUCAGAGAAACUGCACCUCUCCAAGCUCUUCAGAAAACAGUGGUUACUCUUCUGGUUAUGAAAGCGAGGCCGCUGCGUCUGAGUGUCUCUCCAUUGAAGACGGAGGUGAGGGAGAGAGGGACGGAGGCGCCCAGCGCAGAAUCCGCACCAAAUUCACUCCGGGCCAAAUUGAAAAGUUGGAGAAAAUCUUCAGUAAACACAAAUACCUGGAUGCGAGUGAAAGAGUUAAAACCGCAAAGAAACUCAACCUAUCCGAAACUCAGGUCCGAACCUGGUUUCAGAACCGCAGGAUGAAGCUGAAGCGUGAGGUUCAGGAGUUGAGGGCCGAAUACACGCUCCCUGCUCUACCCCACGUCCUUAUGCCAGCGAUUCCUUCGCUCCCGUUCCAUUACGCCGGACAGCGCGUGUCUUUCCCCGCGGCUCUUCACGUGCCAAACCCGCACGUUAUCCCUGUUCAUCACCGCGCCAUCCCGCACCAGCAGCUCCUUCCUCAGCACAGUCACCACAUGAUCCCCGUGCAGCAUUAUUACUAAACUUUACAAAAUCCCAGUGCAAACUGGUGGACACUUCUUUUUUUUUUUUAUUAUUGGUUUAAUUGUGCAAUAUACAUGAUGUACAGUUUUGUAUAGAGAAUUAUCAAGAAAUGUGUAUAGAGGUUUAAGGCAUACAGUUUAUUUAUUGAGAAUAAUUAAAUAUAUUUGAUUUCAGAA